CAGUUAUGUUAUGCAGUUCAAUACGCAAUUAUUCGGUUAAUAUUGACCACAUCUUUAUUCUCGAAACAUAUUUUUAUUGACAGAAUAUUGUUACAUUAUUAGUAAUCUCUACAAAAUGUACAUUGUAAAAAGCAAAGAUUCUUGGUCAAUUCAUUUACGAUCCCAAAUUUUCAGUUGGAGUUUGUAAUCUUUCAGCUCAUUAUUCAAAAUCUCCUACAGAUCAAACUGGUAUGACUGUAUCAUCUUACCAUUUAUUGGUACACUUCUUAAAUGUCUUACAACUUUAGUUUUAUGUGAUCAGUGUACAAGUGAGUUACGUUGAACUUGAAAAGUCAUUUCCAGCUAGUUGAUUGAUUAAAUUUUGGAUUUCUUUAACAAAUUUAACUUCGCAUUUGGAUUCUUUUGAAUAUUAAUUUGAACUUCCUAAAAAGUUUAUUCCAGGAUCAUCUUACAUUUCUAUGAUUGACAUGGAAUAAAUGAAAUAUUAAAAAUUUGAAAAAAGGCCAAACAAAAAUUUACUUUUUGAUUUCCCACACAAACCACAAUCUAUCCAUUAAUGUCUUUUCUUAUCUCCUGGAAUUGCACCAUCUUCAGAGAUUCUGGUUUAACAAAUUUACUCAUUAAAUGAGCGCUUAUUAAUUAAUUAAGCCCUCCUAUUCCCCUCCUAUAAACCAACACAAACAGCACUGUUGAUCCUUCCGUCAAUCUGACGGAACAAGCCAAGUCUCAAAUUGUCAGUCAAACUGGUUUCCUAUGUUUUCUUAUAAAUUUUAUGAGAAAAGAUUAAAAUUUCUUGAAACCAACUCCAGAUCAACAGUUUGAUCUGAGAAAGUAACAUCAGAUCUCUUUUUUUACAUCAAACAUCAUCGUUAUCUUCAUGGAUAUAUCAAGGUGUGGAAAAAUGUUUAUCCUAUUCAUCGUAUGCGUAACUUUCCCGUGUAUAUUUUGUGCUCGAAGAAGUGGAUUAGUACCAGGAUCUACUGGCUUAUCUGGACCAAUUGUUUUCCCAAAUUCACAAAGACGUCCAAAUACACCCAAUUCAUUUGAUACUGCUUUAAUACGAACUGCUGGUCUACGUAAUGCAAGUGAGGUUUUUGCUGCUCUUGGUAUUCGUGAAGAUAAUGCUGAUCCUCUUUUAGGUCGAAGGAAAACAAGUUAUGCUGAACAAGCUAUUUGCGAACCCGAAUUACGGACAGUUGAGGUUGGCGUCAAAGGAGGUGAAGUUGGUGAAAUAUUUUUCCCCAAAUGUGUCCGAGUAUUACGAUGUGGUGGUUGCUGUGACAUAAGUGAUCGGAUGGCCUGUACACCAACCAAAAUAUCCUAUCGGGACGUGAAAAGAGCCAAAAUACGGAUAAAGAGAUCACCAGCAAUAUCAGCCUCUUCACAGACAAUACAAGUUGAAGUUCACGAGGAAUGUCGCUGCAUGUGUAAAGUAAAGGAAGAAAAUUGCAACCCGGACAUUCAUGUUUAUCAACCAGAACUUUGUAAAUGCACUUGUAAUAACCAACAGGAUGCCAUUGCCUGUCGUAAUAUGGCUCCAGUUAAAAUCUGGGAUAAUGAUCAAUGUAAAUGUAAAUGUAGAGAUGUUAAACAUUGUCCAUCAGGAACUGAGUUCAGUCAUGAUACUUGCAAUUGUGAAGCUUCAUGAAUAUGGAUUUGUUGGUUUUAGUUUGUCAGGUUUAAUGAUGUCAAGCAAGAAAUUAACAAAUCAUCUAUGAUCUGGUAACCAAAUGAACAAUUAAUAGUCAGUAUUUUUGUUAACAUUUUUAGGUUACAAAUGAAAUGCCAUGUACAUUAAAAUUACACUUUUUUGCACAUAAAUUAUUCUGAAAAUGAUUCGAGAUUAAAUCAAUUUGAAUUGA